GGUUUAGAAGUUAGUUGCUUUAUCUGGAAAGUAAAGCAAAUCCCUUCACUUUGGAAACUGCCGGCUUAAUCCUAAACUGUGUGGACACAAUGGAUUCGCUGUUGUAUUUGGGACUUUUGGUCCUUAUUUUCCUGCUGUGGAUCAAAGUAAAAGGUCUAGAUUACGUGAUCGUUCAUCAGAGGUGGAUAUUUGUAUGUUUGUUCCUGCUGCCAUUGUCUGUUAUAUUCGAUGUGUAUUAUUAUGUUAGAGCGUGGCUCAUUUUUAAGAUGAGCUCUGCGCCCAAACUGCACGACCAGCGCGUGCGAGACAUUCAACGACAGGUACGUGAGUGGAAGCAGGAGGGCGGUAAGACCUACAUGUGUACAGGUCGACCUGGCUGGCUCACCGUGUCUCUCAGAGUGGGCAAAUACAAGAAAACCCACAAGAACAUCAUGAUCAAUAUGAUGGACAUUCUGGAGGUUGACACAAAGAGGCAGGUGGUGAGAGUCGAGCCGCUGGCAAAUAUGGGCCAAGUGACCGCUCUCCUCAACUCCAUUGGCUGGACGCUACCAGUGCUACCGGAGCUGGAUGACCUCACUGUGGGCGGGCUGGUGAUGGGUACAGGCAUUGAGUCUUCCUCCCAUAUUUAUGGGCUGUUUCAGCACAUCUGUGUUGCAUAUGAGCUGGUUCUUGCUGACGGUAGUUUAGUGCGCUGCACAGAGGAGGAGAACUCUGAUCUGUUCCAUGCCGUCCCCUGGUCCUGUGGAACUCUGGGAUUUCUGGUCGCAGCUGAGAUUAAAAUAGUCCCGGCUAAGGCUUGGGUAAAACUGCGGUAUGAGCCGGUCAGAGGACUGGAGAACAUCUGUAAACGCUUCACUGAGGCAUCGGAGAACAAGCAGAACACCUUCGUUGAGGGGAUCCAGUACAGUCUGGAUGCUGCUGUCAUCAUGACAGGAACCAUGACUGACCACGCAGAGCCUGACAAGAUUAACAGAAUCGGCCUCCACUUUAAACCCUGGUUCUUCAAACACGUGGCGGGCUACCUGAAAGAAGACCACACUGUAGUUGAAUACAUCCCUCUGAGGCAGUACUAUCACAGACACACACGAAGCAUCUUCUGGGAGAUCCAGGAUAUUAUUCCAUUUGGCAACAAUCCUGUCUUCCGUUGGGUUUUUGGGUGGAUGGUACCUCCAAAGAUCUCCCUGCUGAAGCUCACCCAGGGUGAAACCAUCAGACGCCUCUAUGAACAGCACCACAUGGUUCAGGACAUGCUGAUACCCAUGAAGCAUCUGCAAGCUGCCAUCACACACUUUCACCAAGACAUCCAGGUUUACCCUCUGUGGCUGUGCCCAUUUCUGCUGCCACCAGGCAGAGGGAUGGUUCACCCCAAAAGUCAACAGGAGGAGCUUUAUGUGGACAUUGGAGCUUACGGGGAGCCUAAAGUCAAACAUUUUGAAGCCAGAGCAUCAACACGCCAGCUGGAGAAGUUUGUCAGAGAUGUUCAUGGUUUCCAGAUGCUGUACGCAGAUGUGUACAUGGACCGGGAGGAGUUUUGGGAGAUGUUUGAUGGACAGCUGUACCACAGACUGAGAGAUGAGCUGGGUUGUAAGGACGCCUUCCCAGAAGUUUAUGACAAAAUUUCUAAAUCCGCCCGACACUGACCCUCUUCUUCUGUAGCCCCAAGCCACAGUAACACCAAGGUGCUGUGUGAAACUCAUGAUAGCUGCUAGCUUGGUGAUGUCUUUACUAAAACACAGGGAACCAACAUAAUUUUCAGA